CGCGAUUUGGUCUUGGCUUUCAGUAGCGCUUCUCCAGCCGCUCUGUUUAGUUCGCAGUCCGCGGUCCACCGACAGAAUACCAUACCCAUACCCCUACCCAUACCCAUCCGAUACCUAAACGGAACUGCGCACAAACUUAUAGUACUCAACGGAUCGGAUUUCGUGCGCCGCCUUAGAAAAUCCGAAUUCCGCGGGAGAGCUUCGCUCGUUUGGGGCCAAUUGACCUGGAUUUGGGCUGGGUAUUAAUUUGAUUUUGCGCGGAAUCAUCGCGGAAACGUUAUGCAAGACACCGCGCGCGAGUGACCGAGUGCAGUUCAACCGUCGAGAUGCCCAAUAAAAUGCCAGUGCAACGCAGCAGAACAUUCCGGCAAUGCCAGUCGCUGUCCGCCUUUUUGGCGCUCUUAAUGAGCGUAUCCUGUGCCAGCGGCGUCCGCGAUCACCGCCGGCAGACCAACCUGGAGGCCAAAGUCGGCUCCCACGUGGUCUUCAACUGCUACAUCGACUUUCCCUAUGACGCUCCCAUCCCGUACCUGGUGCACUGGAGCAAGGAUAGCAAGAAGAUCUUCACGUGGUACGAGCAGGAGACCUCCACCAACGAGCUCUUCAACGGAAGGCUGCACCUGGUGGAGAACCACCCGGAGUUCGGGAGGGCCUCCGUGAACCUGACCGCCAUCCGGGAGUCGGACCAGGGCUGGUACCACUGCCAGGUGAGCUUCCCGAACCGCUCGCCCUCGGUGCGCAACAACGGCACCGCCUACCACCUGGCGGUGCAGGGGGGCUCGCUCAUCCGCAUCCCGCCGGUCAACCAGACCAUCCAGGAGGGCCAGACCGCCUUCUUCCACUGCGUGAUGAAGUACCCGGACAACUCGCAGGCCGCCUGGUACAAGGACGGCGUGCUGCUGCAGGAGGUGCAGGACCUGGUGCGGCGCUCCUACAUGGGCCCCGACGGCAGCCUCAGCAUCGACCCCACCAUGAUGAGCGACCUGGGCGAGUACGAGUGCAAGGUGCGCAACAGCGAGGGCGAGCUGCAGACGGCGAAGGCCUUUCUCAACAUACAAUAUAAGGCCAAGGUGAUCUACGCCCCGCCGGAGGUGUACCUGCCCUACGGCCAGCCCGCCGUGCUCGACUGCCACUUCCGGGCGAACCCGCCGCUGAAGAACCUGCGCUGGGAGAAGGACGGCCUCCUGUUCGACUCGUACAACGUGCCCGGGGUCUUCUACAAGAUGAACGGCAGCCUGUUCUUCGCGAAGGUGGAUGAGAACCACGCCGGCAGCUACACCUGCACGCCCUACAACGACCUCGGAACGGACGGACCCUCGCCAGUCAUCAGCGUGAUUGUGCUCCGCCCGCCCAUCUUCAGCGUCACGCCCAAGGCCAUUUACAUCCAGAAGCUGGGCGAGGCGGCCGAGCUGCCCUGCGAAGCCAUCGACCGGGACGGAAACAAUCGGCCCUCCAUUGUGUGGAGCAGGAAAGACGGACAGCCCCUGCCGGCGGACAGGUUCAGUCUCAGCGGCGGCAACCUGACCAUCACGGGCCUCGUGGAAGGGGACCGCGGGAUGUACGAGUGCUCGGCCACCAACGAGGCGGCCACCAUCACGGCGGAGGCCGAGCUCAUGAUUGAGAACGUCGCCCCACGCGCGCCGUACAACCUCACGGCCAACAGCACGGAGACCUGCAUCACCAUCCGCUGGCAGCCAGGUUACCUGCGCCCCAACCUGGAGUACACGGUGUGGUACCGACUCAUGGAGGCCCCCGAGUGGCGGACGCUGCGAGUGCUGGACAGGAAGGUGAUGGAGGCCACCGUGCAGCACCUGCAGCCGGGGAAGGAGUACGAGUUCAUGGUGCUCAGCCAGGACAAGUACGGCGACGGGAUGUUCAGCAAGCAGUUCCGCUUCCAAACGCAGCCCUCGCCCAUCAGAGCGGACGACUUCGACGCCCAGCAGCUGCAACACGACCUGGGCCAGGGGACCGCGCCCGCCGGGGGUCUGGGGGCGCCCUGGAACCUCACUGCCAUUAGCAACCAGCAGGGCUGGCUGCUCCACUGGGAGCACCCGACCCAGGGACUGGAGGGCCUGCGGCUGUACGCGGUGCGCUGGUGGAAGGAGCCGGAGCACUUCCUCAUCGGGCACGCGGAGACCUUCGACAACUUCUACCAGCUGCGGCACCUCAAGGAGGACACCCUGUUCAAGGUGCAGGUCCUGGCGGUGGGGACCGACAGCCAGCGCUCAGUGCCCAGCCACGAGCUGCUCAUCGACGUGCCCUCGCAGCGCAAGGUGCGUGCCCUGAUCAUCGGCAGCUCCGUGGGCGUGCUCUUCCUGCUCUGCGCCCUCUGCGCUUUUUUAUACGUGAAGCGGAGCUGCCUCAGGCACCUGUUCGCCAAGGAUAGCUCCGCGGGCGAGGACGAGGACACGGCGGAGAGCGGCGACUGCGACAGCGACGAGCAGGAGCGGGACCGGGACAGCGUCAAGAUCCACCAGUCCGCCUGAGGGUUGCUCCAGAUCCGCUGGCAAUUUGGGGGCGAGCAGGGAGGCCAGUGAAAUCAUUUGAGGAGGGAGGUUGUUCAACACGCACCACUCGCUCCGCGGGAAUUCGACUUUAAUAUACUUCUAGCUGCUAUCUGUACCAUAAAGUCUACUAACUGUAACGCUUAACUAACCGAGUUUCAGAUCCAAAUAAACCAAACAUCAUAAUC